UUUAAGGGGAAAAAGACAGUAAAGCCACGAGUCGGGUAAAUGGCUGCGACAGUCCUGUGCCUCAUAGCUGGUAGUUUACUGCAGUAAAAUGGUUUUAGUGUUGCUGAUAUUUCUUAAAAUGACUUUGUUCUGGAUUUUAUUGUUGUUUGUUACCCUAUACAAUUAGAACUGAACAUGCUUUAUGGACAUGAUAAAACGGUCUCUUAUCGGGCAUCAUACACCAUAUCGGUUUUUUCAGUGCGGAAAUCUUACUUGAAACCUUGAAAUAGACCUUCCUGGGUGGCGUUUACCUCUGUACACCACUGGCUUAUUCAUUGUAGAAAUGAAAUUUCAUCUCGUACACAUUUAUAGACACUAAAAAUAGUGGAUAUUGUGUAAUUUAAAAGAGCCACUCAGUACACACACACUGCUAUUGUGUUGCCAGUGUUGGCCAGAUGCAACACAAGGUGUAAUAUAAGAAAAGUUUAGGUCACUUUAAUAUGAUAUGAAUUUAAUGGCACUUUGAAGCUGCCUCUUUUUUUUUUUGAUCUGGUAAAAUCGAGUGUUGCGGGAAAUGGGGUGUUUGGGUGGGGGUACGGUAAACACCAGCUCGCCAAAAAUAGAAAACGGCCCCGGCAUCGUCCACGGCGUCGCCGGCUAAAUAUUAACAAAACAAUUACCAUGCCCUUUACCUGGGAGGAGACUGGCCCGCAGCCUCAGUCAUUAGCAGAAUGUACUCCUCCUUGGACCUGGUGAGAUAGUGAUGUUCACUGACUGCAGGGAAGGCCUAUCAAGGAGGAGUGUGUGCUUCUGUGUGUACCUGAGUGCGGGAAGGUGUGAGCCAGGAGUGAGGUCACGUUCGUCGACGCGGUCGAGUCUCGCGCCCGCCGUCAGGUAGCCGACGAUGAACUUGUCCGGAACCCUGGCGGACAUGGAGAUGGUGGACUACAGCGAGGCCCUAGACCCGGCCUUCACUACCCUCGAGUUUGAGAACCUGCAAGUGCUCGCCAUGACCACGGAUUCUUCCCCUGCUGAAGGUACCGGCGGGAUGGGCGUCCCCAUCGGUGACCUGAACGCUCUGUGCGCCAUCUGUGGCGACCGGGCUACGGGAAAGCACUACGGGGCCUCCAGCUGCGACGGCUGCAAGGGCUUCUUCCGCCGCAGCGUCCGGAAAAACCACGCCUACUCCUGCAGAUUCAGCAGACAGUGUGUUGUGGAUAAAGACAAACGAAACCAGUGCAGAUACUGUAGGCUGAAGAAAUGCUUCCGAGCGGGAAUGAAGAAAGAAGCUGUGCAAAACGAGAGGGACAGGAUAAGCACGAGGAGGUCGAGUUACGAGGACAGCAGCCUUCCUUCCAUUCACGCCCUCAUACAAGCUGACGUCCUCUCAAGACAGAUAUCGUCACCAGCGCACGUCCAGAGCGGUGACAUCAGAGUGAAAAAGGUUGCCACCAUCCCUGAUGUGUGCGAGUCCAUGAGGAUGCAGCUCCUGGUCCUGGUGGAAUGGGCCAAAUACAUCCCUGCCUUCUCUGAACUCCCACUGGAUGAUCAGGUUGCCUUACUGAGAGCUCAUGCUGGAGAGCAUCUGCUCUUAGGAGUCACCAAGAGGUCGAUGCCAUACAAAGACCUGCUGCUUCUAGGAAGUGACCACAUCGUACCGCGGAACUGCCCAGAGCAGGAGAUUUGUCGCUUAGCAGCGAGGGUUCUGGACGAGCUGGUGCUGCCUUUCCAGGAGCUGCAGAUCGAUGACCACGAAUAUGCCUGCUUGAAAGCCAUCAUUUUCUUUGACCCGGACGCCAAGGGCCUGAGCAACCCGGGGAAGAUAAAGCAGCUGCGCUACCAGAUGCAGACGAGCCUGGAGGACUACAUCAACGACCGGCAGUACGACUCACGGGGGCGCUUUGGCGAGUUGCUCCUGCUCUUACCUGCGCUGCAGAGCAUCACCUGGCAGAUGGUGGAGCAGCUGCAGGUGGUCAAACUCUUUGGCCUGGCCAAGAUAGACAGCCUGCUCCAAGAGAUGUUGCUUGGAGGUCCUGUCAAUGAAAUGCUCCAUGCACCUCCUUCUUUGCAACCCAACCUGGUCCAGGAGCACCUCAGUGGCUCACCUGCAGUGGGUAGUAGCAUGGUUGCCCCCCUGCACAGCCCACAGAUCUCAUCUCCUGAAACACCCCUGCCGUCACCCCCAGCAACUUCCAGUUUGGAGCAUUACAAGCAGCCCCGGGGGGUCAUAACUAUGGCACCCAAGGAAAGCUCCCGCUUCCAGCAGCACAUCACCUCCAAACAAGGAGAUGCCUAACCUCUUCACAGCCUGCAGCCUUUUACUGUUCUGGUUUCAUUGCUGUUCAGUGGAGCAGAAAAUACCCAUGUAAAUAAUUUAUGGUAUGACUUUGUGAAGUUUUUCCAAAAGCAGCUUUUAAAAUGUUUAGUGUUUUCCAAGUGGUUUUAUUCAUUAGCAUGAGCUAGGUUAACUAAAUACUGUUAUGCUUAAGUACCAAUACAAAUAAUUAAGUGGCAUUCUGAUAAGCAGAGUAACAAAAAAUACCCAUCUUCAGAAGCAAAUUUUUUUGUGUGGGUAAUUUAAUACAUUCCUUAGUAUGGCCUAAACUGUUCUACAGUAGCAGUGAGUAGAAACUAGUGACCAAGUUUGUGGUUAAACAAAUCACUUUAACAUAACUUAUACAGCAGAUGACAACUUUAGACAUUGGAGCACAGCCAGCCAUCAUAUUAAUAGCCUGGAAGAAAUACACAUAUGCAAGUAGAAAUCUUUCACAAAUAUUUGGCAAAAACAUACAAAAUAGCAGUAUUGUUAAAGAACACACAUCUUUGCGAUAUGUCUUGCUUUACAACCAAGAAUUUAAAGUGCACAAUUGACAAAUCCAGUCACAUAAGGCAUGAAGUGCUGGACCCACCACAAAAACAUCAGGAAUCAAAAUUUGCAACUGGAUGUUGCACUUUCACAAUGUCAGUUUAUGUUUUGUCAUUUCUAAACAAAAAAAAGAACCAAGAAAGAGCACCAUGUGCAACAGUGUCACACACAUACACAAUGCUC